ACAGGGACAGGGGGAAGUGACUUCGCCGGCUUCCACUUGUUGCUUCGCCGAGCUCGGCUUCGAGGGGAGGAGCCCCGGCGGGGCGAGAGUUGCCGGGCGCCUUAGGGGGUGCCCGGGUCGGCUCAGCGGCGGAGUGAGCGCGGGCAUGGCAGGGGCACAGCAGCCCGGUGUGGGCUGGAUGCUGGCUGUCACCGCCUGGGAGUCCCCGAGAACGGGGAGCCCCCGGGAACGGGGAGUCCCCGUCCCGUCUAGACCCAGUCCCCUGAAGUGUCAUCGUGUCCCUGACUUUAGGCCGACAUCAGCACUGCCCUCUGUUUUCUGCCCUCCUGCAGCUGCGGGGGGAGCGGAGUCACCCUGCUGGAAACCAAACACCCGCCGCGUCCGUGCCCUCACCCCGCUGUAAAGUGCUGACAGGCAAAUAUUUGCCGCGGCCCUAAUCCCUCUUUGCCCUUGUGUCGGCAAAUCUCCGGCGGAUGGAUAGGGAGAGGGUUUUGCUGGCACACGGGGCGGCUGGGGCUGUCUCCAGAGCAGAUGCCGGGUUUGCAGCCGGCCCUCCUCCUCCGGCUUAUGUUGAUCCUGGUAAUCCAGAGUGAGCAAGGAGAAGGAAAAAACCCAAGGUUUUAGUGAAAUGGUUGUCUGCUGCCUUUGGACGCUGGAUUCCACUCGGGCAGAGGUGCUGCGGUGGUGUCACAGAGAAAAAUAAUCAGCGUCACCCCAAUGGUCUUCAAGGAUAUGAACUCUGCAGUUUUUAUCUAGAUGGAUGAAAAGGUUAACAGCCCAGGAGGGGAGUUCCUUUUGUUUCCAAGAUGGCAGCAACGAGUGGUGAAAGCCAGCUGCAGCGGAUUAUCAGAGACUUGCAAGAUGCAGUGACUGAAUUAAGUAAAGAAUUUAAAGAAGGAGGUGAACCAAUCACAGAUGACAGUGUCAACUUGCAAAAAUUCUCCUACAAGCUUGAGUACCUCUUACAGUUUGACCAGAAAGAAAAAAGCACAUUGCUGGGGAACAGAAAAGACUACUGGGAUUAUUUCUGUGACUGUCUGGCAAAAAUCAAAGGAGCUAAUGAUGGAAUCCGCUUUGUCAAGUCUAUUACAGAACUACGAACCUCUCUUGGAAAAGGAAGAGCAUUUCUUCGUUAUUCCCUGGUUCACCAAAGGCUGGCAGACACCUUGCAGCAAUGUUUUAUGAACACCAAAGUCACCAGUGACUGGUACUACGCAAGAAGUCCAUUUCUGAAUUCCAAAAUGAGUUCUGACAUUGUGGGUCAACUCUAUGAGCUCACUGAUGUUCAGUUUGACUUGGCAUCACGAGGCUAUGAUUUAGAUGCUGCUUGGCCAACAUUUGCCAGGAGGACUCUGUCCUCACUUGGAUCUUCAGCAUAUUUAUGGAAGCCCCCAAGUCGCAGUUCCAGCAUGAGCAGUUUAGUGAGCAAUUAUUUGCAGGCACAAGAGUUUCCUUCCAGCCCUGAUGUAAAUAACUCACUAAAUGUUGAACACCUUGAGGGCUAUGAAGAGAUGCGUUUAGAACUUGACCAGGCUGAGCUGAGGCAGAGGGAACUUCAAGAUCGUAUUCACCAGCUAGAAAUUGAAAACCAGGAGCUCCAGGCAGCUGUCAGCCUUCAAAAGGAACAAGUACUGGUAGAAAAGGAGAAGAGCAAUAACUACAGUGAGGAGAACUCCCGGCUGACAAAGAUGAUCACAGAGUUACAGAAGCAGUGUGAGGUCUCACACUCCACUCAGAGCACUGUCCAUGACCUGCAGAAGUGCCUACAGUCACUGGAACUGAGUGCAGCAGAGCAGCAGAAGGAACACUCAACAAAGGUGGAGCAGCUGUUGACCAGCAAGGAAGAUUGUGCCUCAAAAUUGCAGGUUUCGAAUCAGGAGCUGGAGACCUCUAGGGCUUUGAUUGCUGUGAAGGAUAUGUGCAUUGAUGAGCUCAAAGCCAAGCUGAGUUCCACAGAACAGAAGAACCUCAACCUCCUUGCAAAAGUUGAUGCUGCCUUGGAUGAAAAGGGACAGCAAGCCACAGCCCAGUAUGAUUCUGCCCUACAAAUACGGGCACUGUUAGAGAAGCUUCAGGAGAUGGAAAAGGAAAAGGCAGAUAUGCAAAGACUCAAUGCUGAACAUGCAUCUCAGCUGAAGGCAGCAAGGGAGGAGCUGCUGCUGAAAGAACAGGCACAGAAGGAACUGGAAUCCAGAUACAGUAGCCUCACUGCUAACUCCAAAGAAGAGAGUGAAAAGCUGUCUGGGAGCCUGGAGACCAUGGCAAAGGAAAAGGAUGCACUUCAGGAGGCCCUGACUCUGAAAGGAAAGGAGAUGGCUGAGCUGCAGACCCAGGUAAUGGGGUCGCUGGCUCAAGUGGGUUCACUGGAAAAAAGUCUUGAGGAAGCCAGGAAGGAAAAAGAGAAACUUGAGGAGGAGUAUGGUAGGAGAGAAGGAGCACUGAAGCAGGAAGCCCAGUCACGAGCAGAGCAACUUGAACUACAGGAGGGUCGCUUAACAAAGGUGAGUCAGACUGUGUGUAGCCUUCAGGAGCAAAACCAGAAACUCAUGUCUGAGAAGGAGCAUCUCAGGCAGAAAAUCAAGGAGCUGGAGGAGCAGAUGGAGCAGCAAAACUCUGCAGUGAGUGAAUUGGAAGAGGAGAGCAGGAAACUGAAAGCAGAGAAUGAGAAUUUGCAGCAGUCUAAGAAGAAAAUGGAAGAGAAGCUGAAAAAUCUGGAAGCUUCUAAAGCUUCCCUAGAAGCUGAUGUAGCUAGGUUGAGAGCCUCUGAGAAACAACUUCAGAGUGAGAUAGAUGAUGCCCUGGUGUCAGUUGAUGAAAAAGAGAAGAAGCUCCGGAGUGAGAACAAACAGCUGGAUGAAGACUUGCAGAAUGCCAGGAGGCAAAGCCAAAUUGUAGAGGAGAGGCUGCAGGCUCUGCACUCAGAAUAUGAAGAACUAAAGCAAAGAGAAGAGACCUUCAAGGAGUCUUUUGCCUCACUUGAAGCACAGCUGAAGAGUGCCAAACAGCAUAGUUUACAAAUGGAAAAAAGCUUGGACACCUUGAAGGAAAGCAAAGAGUGUCUCCAGUCACAGCUCACACAGAAGGAAGCAGAACUUCAGGGCAUGGAGAGCCAAUGUCAGCAGCUAAGAGCAGAAGCUGAAAGACACAGGAAGAAAGCAGAGACUCUUGAGAUAGAAAAGCUCAGUGUAGAAAAGACAUGCCUUCAUCAGACAAAACUUAUAGAAUCUCUCACAUCAGAAAAGGAAUCAGUGGAAAAACAGCAACUACAGCAGGCAGCGUCCCUGGAGAAGGAGGCAAAAGAGCUGGCCUUCAGACUGACCAUGAGUGAAGAGCAGCUGGAGGUCAACAGAGGUGAAGUGUCCAGACUGCAGGCAGAAGUCCUUGAUCUGCGAGUCAAGCUUCAGCAGGCCACUGAUGAGAGAGAGAGGAUGAGAGGUGAGCUGGAAGUCACUGAGACUGUCUUGAGUGAGCAGAAGACGCUUGUCCAGCAGCUGAAAGAGCAGAAUGAGUCUCUCAACAGAAAUCAUGUGCAAGAACUGGUACAAUGUAAAGAAAGGGAAGAAAAGCUGAAAAAAGAGCAUGAGAGAACAGCCCAUCAAAAAGCUGAGCUGGAAAAUAAUUUGAUGAACCUAAGGGAAGAGCUGUCUAAGGUUAAGCGGUAUUUGGAAAAUGCUAGAGUGGAAAAUGAAGAAAAUAAAGAUCUCCUCCACAGGACCAACACUGAUAUGGCUGAACUUGGUAUUCAGAUUUGUGCCUUGACCUCUGAAAAGGUGGAUGCAGAAGAGCAGUUGGCCCAGGCCACAGAAAGGUUCAAAGAACUGGAAGAACAGGCAGCAGAGCAACAGGAGAAGCUGAAACUUGAUGUCUCUAAUCUCAGAGAGGAGAACAAGAGCCUGCAAGAGAAAUUAGAGGAGGCUCAAAUGUGUGCUGCAACUGUCCCAGGUCUGCAAUUGCAGCUGGAGACAAUAAAGAAACAGGCACAGAGUUUCCAAGAGACCAGCCAAGAAGAGCUGUCUGCAAUAAAAUUUCAAAUGAGCACAGAGAUUCUAAAUUAUCAGACAAAAUUCAAGGCUGUCAGUGAGGAGUGUGGGAAAGUAAGAGAGCAACUUGAGGAGCAGAAGCGACAACAGCAUGCAGCGGAGGAAGCGAUUACGGAGUUACAAGCUGCAAACACGAGUUUGUGUAGAAAACUGGAUGAAGCAAGAGAGCAGCUGUCAGAAUCAGAAUCUGCUCGGCUGCAGAAGGAAGAGGAAGUGACUUCUCUUAGAGAACUCUUGGAAAGGAUCCAAAAAGAAGCUGAUGAAGCAAAAGAGAAGAUCCUGGAUUACACUGAGAAGCUCAGCAAGGUGGCAGCAGACAAAGAUAGCAGUGACCAGAAGUUAUUUGCUGAGCUGGAUGACCUGACAAGAACAAAGCAGUUCCUUGAAGAACGUUUGAUAGAACUUAUCAGAGAUAAGGAUGCUUUGUGGCAAAAGUCUGAUGCUCUGGAGUUCCAGCAGAAGCUUAGUGCAGAGCAGAGGUGGCAGGGGGACACAGAAGUCAAUCACUGUCUGGACUGCCAGAGAGAGUUCUCAUGGAUGGUGCGCCGACACCACUGCAGAAUGUGUGGCCGCAUUUUCUGCUACUACUGCUGCAACAACUACAUGGUGACAAAGCCUGGUGGAAAAAAGGAGCGUUGCUGCAGAGCUUGCUUUAAUAAGCCUAGAGUCAUUGUGGACAGUACAGAUGACUCUGGAUCCAGUGCCAACCAGGAAGGAUCACCAGCUUCAUUGGAAUCACCUGUGUCACCAGCUGAGAGGGCUUUUGUUGCAAAUGAAGAUUCUAAACCACCAGAUGAUGCAGCUUUUGAUAUAAUCACUGAUGAGGAGCUGUGCCAAGUGCAGGAAUCAGACUCUCUCCACAAUGAAAGUCAGAUGGAAAGAGACUCUCUGGAUCAAAGUGUGACAGAUCUAUGUGUUUGCUGGGCUAAGCAGCUGUUAGGGACUCUGUACAGCCUCCAGUCUCCGUUUCAGGUUUCUGCCUUUCACACAAUUCGCCCUGUAAUUCAUACCUGGUGCUACUCCAGUGUUCACCCAGAGCAUACACCUUUUUUGAGAAACAGCACGGGUAAUUCUUCAACUUUCGAUGAAUCUGAAGACUGGCAAGUUGCUCAAGAUGCUGAGAUAUGCUUGUUGAAGUCAGGAGAAAUUAUGAUGAAAUUACCCCUUACAGUAGAAGAGAUCAUGAAUUUUGGAGAAAGCAACAGAGAGCUGUUCAUCAAAUCCAGCACCUACAGUAUCAUUCCCAUCACUGUUACAGAGAUGGGCCUAACAAUCAGCUGGAUCUUCUCAUCAGACCCCAAAAGCAUAUCCUUCAGCGUUGUCUACCAAGAGUCCGAAGACACGCCGCUGGAUCAGUGCAAAGUUCUUAUCCCUAUGACUCGCUGCAACUCUCAUAAGGAAACUAUCAGAGGACAGGUGAAAGUCAGAAACGCUGGAAUCUACACUCUGAUAUUUGACAACACAUUCUCUAGAUUUAUCUCAAAAAGAGUGUUUUAUCACUUGGCUGUUGAGCGACCUGUCAUCUAUGAUGGAAGUGAUUUUCCAUAGCCUUUACUAUACUGUGUAUUUUUAAUUAAAUUUUUAAGAUAUGCUAUUAUUUAUGUAUAUGUGUAAGCAUUCUGAUUACCACUGUGUUUGAAGACUUUGAAACUAUGCAAUAGUUCUAAUGCACUUAAGAGAUGUGUACACUAAAAUCAGAAGCCUUUUCAGGAACACUAAUGGUUCUGUACUGUGUACAGAUUGCUGAAAAGCCAUGUUGUUUGGUUUAACAGGUCAAUAAUAACCAAUAUUUUUUCAGUGGGGAGAAAAAUAAAUGUGGGAGUAUCUAAAUGCAAUCUGAAAUUCUCUGCUGAAAAUUGAGCUGUUUUUCUUCCAGAAAUAUCCUUCAAAAGGAAAUUUAAAGAAAAAUGCCUAUUUUUUACCUCUUCACUGAGAUGUAAACAUAACCAUCUCUGUUCUGCUGUACUGCUCUUACAGUCAGAGCAGCAAUUAUGCAAUACUUCAGCCUUCACAAUUAUUGUAAUCCAUCUAGAAUUUUUUAUCUUUUCCAAGUUUUAUAAGCAGCAAACCAUAGGAGUUUUAUACAUUCUGGGCUAAGAUUUGGUAAGUCUUAACUGGCUUUUUCCAAUGCUUUGGCACUGAAUACCAGUUACAAAAUAAUAAACACAAAGCAGCAGCUCCUUUCACUUUGGCUCACCAUACUCUACGUUAGCCCACGUAACCCAGUUCCUACGGUGAGCAGCAGGGGCAGAAGGUCCCCUGUGGAAUAAAGUACUGCUCACAGGGUGAUAUUGGGAAGAGGAGCAUUCCUUUUUCCUGCCUUAGCACCUUAGUCAUCAGCAUUCACAGGAAAGCACAGUUUCUGAGAGAUCAGCUGCGUCUCUCUCUCUAGACCACAUGGAAGGCAGCAAUAAUGUUUGAAUGCGUCUCAAAACGUCCAUCCAAAAUGGAAUGCAUAUCCAGGCCUAGUGAGCUCUCCUCCCAGUGGUAUUACUGCAUUCUGUCCCUUUCCUAAGCCUUGCAGUUGCCCUAUCCAACUGCUAACUUUCCAUGUCAGAUUUGGGGGCUGUUAGCGCUGCCUCUUAAGGGAAGACUGGGUUCUUGCUUAUACAAAAUUUCUAUGCAAACCAUCUGCUUUCCAUACAGAAUUUCAGCUUUUUGUCAAAAUACCCAAAAGUGGAUUUUUCUGUACAAAAAAACCUGUCUUCCAGUAGCAUGGCAAAACAUUUGGCAGGAGAAAGAAGAAAAGCUCUUUCUCCCAACCAGCCCUCCUCAUAAUUUAGGUGUGUCUGAUUUCUCAUGUUACUGUUCUCCCAAGAAACCUCAGACCUGGAGGAUUUUAGUGCAGGAGUUGGUAGAAAACUGCAAAACCUGUGAGUAGCCCUUUAGAGACAUGGUGGCAGCUGUAGCUGACAUACAGGGGUCAUGGUGGGAGACAGAAAAUAAAGCAUGAGGGGGAAGAAGAAAAAAGGGCAAGCAUAAACUGCAGCAAAUGGUUUGGAGGGAGAAAAGGGGCCAACUUGUAAAAGCAAGAAGAGGAAAUUGGAGGAACAAGUUCAGCCAGGGAAGGUGGUCAGGAGAGGCCAGCUGGUGUUUAUGUUUUGCUGGUCCAAUCCAAUACCCAUAAGGGAUCUCCCACCCCAAAGAAUUCGUUGUUUAAAAGGUGGAGAUCACAAACCAAGUGUUGGACAUUUACACAGGAGCAGCUGAGGCAGAGGGAAAUUUCUGAUCAUAGAAAAGAAAAUAAUUGCAGUUAAAGCUAAAGGUUGCUCAUCAUUUGUUCCAGUUGUUAACAGUCUAUAAUACAGUGGUCCUGAAAAAGAUUGUGAAAGGAUGACUACUUUUCAUGGAGCACCUAGGAUUUAGGUCUCUGGCUCAUCGAUAGCAUUCCCUUGCCUUCAGCUGCCUUUUUCCCCAUGAUGCUGGUGUGCUCCCAACCCUCUGCCAGGCAGAGUGGUCAGUGGAAGGUGCAAGUUCCUGAAGGCUGCAGUGUAGUUAAGCCCUGACCUGGUUGUGUGCAUGAAAAUGAGAUGGACGAGAGAUUGAUGUGAGCAAUAAAUGGCGUGGAUCGGUUCAUGAAUUACAGCAUAUUUCAGUCCUGAAGCUAUGUUUUUUAUUUAAUUAGGUAAGAAGAGAUUAUUUAUUGCUUAAAAAUGGAGUACUGUGUACCAUAUGCUAUGCAAUUUCACUGAGCUGUUACUGAAGUCUGCUGCAGUUUUCUUUUAAGCUUUUAGGUGUGGUUUUUAAAAACAUUUUGCUGUUGUUUACUUAGAAUACUAAUUUUACUUAGAAUCCCUAAUACCAGGGAUAUCUUUCUAACAUGCCAAAUGUAAGGUAAAGGGACACUGUCAAGUAUCUUCAGCCAAAAUAUCACAUCUCUCUUAAAAAGUAUUUUAAGUCUCUCUACUAAAAAUAAUAUGACAGCCUUGCCUCUUGAUUUCUCUCCACAUCCAGUUCUUGACAUUUUUUUAUCCUCUGGCAAAUAUUUUUAAGCCCCUGUUCAUGUAGCUCUUAAAAUAAUUGUCUCCAUGUAGCAUGCCAGUUGUUUCUGUGGAGGUCUCUCAUGUAGACAGUCCUGAGACUGGCUGAAGCCUUUGUUUGGGAGAAGUGGAGUAAAUCCACCGCAUUGUUCUCAUUUAGCAUCUGAGUCUUUAUGGUCCCUUUUCUUCAGGUUUUCCUGCCCUUUGAGAAUAAUUUUAUUGCUUUUUUUUUUUUCUCUCUCUGAAAGAAGCCUAAGAGUGGGAGUCAGAACCUGUAGUUUAAAGAUGAAUAGAAAAUGUUUGUUUCUGACCAAAGACAAUCCUUAAGGAGAAAAAGUUUAAAAUGAUGAAAUAUCAGGCUGGUAAGGUGCAAGUGGACAGGAGUGCAGCUGUUCAAAGAAGCUUCCCAGGAGCAGUAAUCCCAUCAUAACUGCUGGAAGAGGCUGUGCAGAGACACUAAAGAACCUGACAUUAGUAGAGACCUUUUGUUUAAAUGUCUCAGACAGUUCAUUACUGGAAUCAUUGAAACUCCAAUAAAGGACUUUGCACAAGGGCAGGCUUGUGCAAGAGAUUAUUCAAUUGUGCAAGAGAUUAUUUCAUUCAGGCACCUCAUUCUUCCAUUCAUAAAAUUCUUGUUCAUGUGAGCUAUGCCAGCAAUGCUGAAAAAUCUGUUUAUUUGUAGGUGCUCAGGUGAUUUGCUGAAUUGGGCUUUUUAUUAUCUGCAGGAAUGCAAUAAAGAGAAAAAUAUUUUUAAUUGAUCAAGAAAUUAAUUGAAGGAGAUGUCACAUUCACAGGACAAUUAGAUUAUACAUUGUGAUUAGCAUAAGUAUUUAGAUGUUUUUCUGGGUGCUGGAAAGAGUAAGGAGAGGUAGAGGGUAAGAUUUUUUUAUUACAAAGAGGUUUGUGCAAAGAAAAGAAUGUAGCUUCUUCAAGAAAAUGACAGUGUUCCUUUACUCAACAUUACUCAAUGUUUCUUUAUAAAAAAUGAAAGAGGUAUUGCACAAGAGUGUACCAUAUUAAAAAACAGCAAAACUACAAAAGCCUGACUUCCUAAAACUGAAAUUGCACUCUAGUUUUAAUUAUGCUCAAUCACUGAGGUUGUAACUUGUUCAAAAGCAUCUUUUGGUCUUAACUGCCAAAGAAAUGCAAGCCCUGUUCACAUCAAACUUCCUGCUCCAGAUAUGGGAAAAAUCAUGUAUAACAGUGUUUGUACAGUUACAGAAAUGUUAAUGGUUGUGUUGGAAUGUUUUUCUUGAUGCUUUUUUCCCCCUUUUUUAACCUCAGGAAUUUAAGAAUAAAAUUCUUUAUCAUUGCGAA